CGCGCAUGCGACACGCCCGCACCCUUCUGCGCUCCUGGUAGCUCGCCUCCGAACUCGCGAAUAACCAAAAUAAGUCAAAUAAAUUAAAACAAAUGGUCGCUAUAUUAGCCAACCCGAAAUGGAGCGAGGACCUCACCAUCCAGAUGAUCAUUGAAUACGAAAAACGGGAAUACUUGUGGAACCCCGUCUCGGAGAACUACAAGAACAAGAAAAUACGCGAACAGGGAUACGUCGAUAUACUGAAAACUCUCAAUUUAGUUGACAUCACGGUCAAGGAGCUAAAAAAUAAGAUAAAGAACAUACGUUCGUCCUACAGCGUUGAGUUAAAGAAAAUUCGCGCGGCAAGGAAGGCUGGCGCGCAUGCGUACCGGCCGAGCGUCACGUGGUUCGAGCACGCAGACAGGUUUCUGCGAGCGAUUGUCACUCCCAGCUCCAUUGACAACAGUUUGCUCGAAAUAGCGAUGAGCGACGACAGCGACGCUGUGCAGGAUUUGAGCGAGCGAAAAUCGCCGGAAAAGAAAAGCCCGCGCAAACGACGCAGCUCGACGCGGUCGUCAACACCGUACGUAUUAAACACGCCGUCCCCGCGUCCGAGCACGCCCUUCGGGCUCAAUCAAACUUCGUCCCCAUUCGGGAUCCUCCCGACAUCGACGGCCGCUCCGUUUCUUAAUCCCCCCGUCGGUAUAGCAACGCCGCUAACAACCUCGCUCGCAACCAUUUAUCCGGCGCCGAUAAAACAAAAAAAGAGCAACUUCGACGAUCGCAGCGACCUGUCGGAAACUCCGCAGGACUUGAGUCAGCAUUCGGAGAACGGGAACGAGAAUGAAUUCGAAAUGUUUGGAAAAUUGAUUGCGAGCCAGCUCCGUAAACUACCGCUGAGUUUGGCACUGGAUACGCAAUUGAAGAUCCAGACGCUUGUGAAUGCGGCGAGAAUACAAGCGGUGUAUCAACAGUACAGCUAUGCGGGCCCGUCGCAGGAAGCCUUGUCGGUUCAGGCACUCUCCAACGGUAUACUAGCAAGCAUGGCCUCCCAAAGCCCGUACACUUCGCGAUCAGUAAUGGAUUUAAGAAACGAUUCACCGGACGAGUUGAAUUUAAAAACCGAAUAUAAUCUAGAAUUAGAAGACUAAAAUGAAUGUUGUGGCUCAACUCAAUUAUUCAAAUAAUCGGCGCUAAUUCUGUCGAAACUAAAAUAAAUUGACAGGUCUAAAUGUAGUGCAAUCGGUUUCACAAUAUUCCCCGUGGAAGAGGAUAGCAUUACUUUCGCUCCAGUCAAUUUAGAUUAGUUAUUUAUGUACCACAGAAUAUGCACCAACACAGAGUUGUUGUAUCUGUACAUUUUUGUUAAACAAUUUGCGAACCUGACUUAUCGUUACCCAAAUUGCAUGUCUUAUAACAAAAAGCGUUUGAGAUACAGCUUUACUUUCAACAUAACAAGGUCAUAUAAUAAUUCUCAUUAAUAAAUGACACUUAACAUGUCAAUUUCAAAGUAAGAAUAUAUCAAUUUACUACACAGAAGUAAGUACUAUAUUGAACCGUUUUUCUUCUCCGUGCCAAAUUAUAGAAAAUUAUUGUUCAUGUUAUAUUAUAGCGUACUUAAACAUAAAGCUUUACAAUAUAUCUGUAAAACAUAAGUAAAACCUAAAAAGUAUGUUAUUUAGAUACAACAACUCUUGACAAAAUUAUUGAUAUCGUAUUCAUUAGUAAAGAAAAUUUCAACUGUUCAAAGAAAUAACAGGGACGAACUUCGUCUAUACUUCGAUUCAUAUUCGAGUCGGGCCGUAUGAUAAGGAGAACAAUAUUUAUUCACGUCACACGUUUCCAUAGCAACCUUGCAUUCGGCUCGGUAUUGUGUUUAUCAUUUCUAACAUUUGCUAAUCUUUUAACAAGUGGUGUGUCAUCAUCAUCCAAAGUUUAUUCAGAAUCAGGAGUAAUUUCUCUUUGCUCAGAUUGUAAAUCUAUGCCACUGUUGAUCAAAUCAAAAUUUAAACCCGUUUUGUUUUGGAACGUCAAAUGUAAAAUGUUUGGUUUUAAUCUAUUUGUUGUUCUAGACUGUUGCUCUUUUAUAUUCAUACUGCACUUGUAACGAAUCGAAAACGACAAGUGUCGUUACUUGACAACUGUCAUAGAAUAUGCUUAACGAAUAGAAUAGCAAAUGUUGGAAAUGACACAGCACGGAAAAUGUUUGAAAACCUGUUGAAAUUUUCCUUGUACGCAUUGUAUUCUCAUGUUUUAGAUGUUUAUAUUAUAAAUGUGAUAGAUGUUUAAAAAAAAGACCGCGAAUUUUAUACACAUUUAGCCAGUGAUUAUAUUAUGAAAAUGCCAAAGUACAAAUUAAUAUUCGAAUAUAAUAUACAAUGGAUUAUAAUCAGAAGAGAUAGAGUUUUCUAGUCUGUAAGUGAGUUUAAGUUAGAUUUCAACGUUUGGCUGUGUUUAGGUUACUUUGUUUUGUUAAAAUUAUUGGGUUUAUUUUUAUCCAAGACCCGAGAACAUAUUAUUUUCAAUUUUGAAUCUUUGUAGUUUGGUAUGUGUCUCGACUGAGAAAAAAUAUUGAAUAAAAAAAUUUAGUUAUUAUACAAUUUUGUAAAUCAUUAAAUAUUCAACUUGAACAAUUUUGAGACUUGAAUUAUGUUUCAGAAAGGGUAAAUUUUAAAUGUCUGUAUAUUAGAAGUAUAAUACGAAUUUAUUUUCAGUGUGAUAGAUGUAAUGUUUUAUGUCAUUAAUAGAUGUGAAUAUGUGAUUACCAGACAGAAAAAAAAUGAAAAAAAUACCUCAUUAUAGGAUAGUAUAGAUUUGAUAUUAGUGCGGAGUAUAUUUUACCUGUUAUUCGAUGUGCCACAGUUAUAUAAAUGGUAUGUGAUUUAUUAAAAUACAAGAAUUUUAUAAACCUC